AUGGCUCUGGAAGGCAAACUCAGACAAACCCAACGCUUCAUCACAACCCACAAUGAAGAGGGCAAAGCAAUUGUCGACACAACAAUCGACUCCAACGCACCCUUCUACGCCCUCCCCAACAAAGAAGCCCACUUCGCCUUGGGCUAUGCAACAAAGCAAUUCCCCGCGGACCUGUCAUCAGACAUGUCGUCCUACCAAGAUUUCCUCAACAACGCCCCGGGUCUGAGCGUCUCAACAGGCACAGUUUUGAGAUAUGUAGACAUGUGCCCAGGCCACAUGUCACCAAUGCAUCGCACUGUCAGUAUGGACUAUGGUGUUGUGUUGGAGGGUGAGGUGGAACUUAUCUUGGACUCGGGUGAUAAGAGGGUGCUUAAGCGGGGAGAUGUUUGUGUUCAGAGGGCUACGAUGCAUGCUUGGAGGAAUUGUAGUGAGACGGAAUGGGCGAGGAUGUUGUAUGUGCUUUUGCCGUCUACUAAGCCAGUUGUCGAUGGCAAGGAGAUGGGUGAAGAUUAUGGAAAUAUGGUUGGUGUCAAGGCUUCUGAGUAG